AUGGCAUCGCAAAAAAUAGUUUAUGAUUUAUUAAUCAGCGUAUUUUGUUCUUUUCUACUGAGUACGUGUUUAUUAUCCAUCUCAACAAGCAAUUGGAAUGUUACUACUCAUCCUAUCACAACAGACACUAACAAUGCUAUCAAAUGUCUUAGACUUCUAUCACCCGGUCAACAAACACUUAUCAAGUGGAUCAUAAAUACUAAAACAUCGAUUGAAAUUCGUACAGGACUGUUUCAAACUUGUUUUUCAAAAUUUUGUGCAAGUAGCCAAUUGUUCACUGAAUCAGCUAUUCCCAUACCAUCAAAACGAACGUUAACUCUAGCCGUCAUCGGUAUACUAUUACUCUUCAUUGGUACAUUGACAUCAUUUAUCAUGUUGUUCAGUUCGUGUAUGACUCCAAAUCAAACCUAUGCAUUAAUUCCAUUAAGUUUAUUUUUUUCUGGUGUUUCAAUGACACUUGUUUUAAUACAAACAAUUGAUACACUAAAUAUCAAUGGAUAUUCGGGUUAUAUUUAUAUUAUUGACACUGUUUUAUCUUAUGUACUAGCUGGUAUUGCAUUAGUUCAAAUGCAAUUAUUUUAUAUAUAA